AUGGAAAAGUGUCGUCUGCUGGGAAGAGGCAGAGCCCUCCUUUCCUCGCGACGACAACUCCCAUCGGCGCCAUAUUUCCGAAGGGACCAUCCCCCAUCUCACUGUCAAGGUCAACGCCGCGCAAAUUCGAGCCAGGAGCAUUUUUAUGACACAAAACCGCCGUUAAAUCCGGAUGGCAGGCGAUGCCGCACCCGUUUUGCGCCUUCGCCAACAGGGUAUCUGCAUCUGGGAUCUCUGCGUACUGCUCUCUAUAACUACCUUUUGGCUAAGUCCACAGGGGGUCAGUUUGUCCUGCGUCUUGAGGACACCGAUCAGACCCGCAUAGUGUCGGACGCGGAGUCCAGAUUGUAUGAGGACCUAAAAUGGGCGGGUCUGUCAUGGGAUGAAGGCCCUGACACACUUGGGAGGGGGCCGUACGGGCCGUACCGACAGUCCCAUCGAUUGCCACUUUAUAAUAUGCGUGCUUCCCAGCUUGUACGUGAGGGAAAAGCCUACCGAUGUUUCUGCUCGCCUGAAGCUUUGGAAGAACAUAAACGGAUAGCCCAUGCGGCCGGGCAGCCUACGUUGUACCCUGGCACCUGCUCUCAUAUCCCGCUCGAGGAGUCUGACGACCGGGCUCACAACGGACAACCCUUUGCUAUCAGAUUCCGGAGCGCCGAGGAGCCCGUCUCAUUAAAAGACGCCGUCUACAAGCACUUCCGGAAGGCCGAUCCCGAAGAUGACUUUGUUAUCAUGAAGCGGGACGGGUUCCCAACGUACCAUUUCGCCAACGUUGUUGAUGAUCAUGAGAUGUAUAUCACCCACGUCAUUCGGGGAGCGGAGUGGCUUGUUUCUACACCUAAACAUGUUGAAUUAUACAACGCUUUCGGCUGGCGCCCGCCGGUAUUCGCCCAUCUUCCCCUCCUUGUCGAUUCUAACCGCCAAAAAUUGAGCAAGCGCGACAACUCGGCCAGCAUGGAGUACUAUCAGAAGGGCCACAUUCUUCCGGCCGCCCUCCUCAACUUUGCCGCCUUGCUCGGUUGGUCCUCGCCCGGGCAGUCCGACGUCAUGGUCAUGCACGAGAUGGUCAAGAAGUUUACACUCAAGUUCACAAAAGGCGACAUCAUCGUGUCACUCUCCAAACUCCCUUUCCUCCAGGACAAACAUCUCCACCUACUCACCACUAAACGACCUCUAUAUGGAGUCGACAAAGCCGUGAUUCACAACGACAUCCUUUCCCCCAUAAAGGACAUCAUCUCCACCCUCGACAAGGCCAAAACUGCGGCCAAGAAAGCCGCAGACUCAACUACAGACACAUCCAUCCCCGACCUCGGCAACCUCAUAAAAAAUCCCCGAUUCCUAGAAAAAGCCUACCUCCACAACCUCGGCCGUUUCCUCACUAGCAUCAAACUCGACCUCACCAACCCCGCGGCCCGCUUCCCCCCGCUCGUGCGCAAAGCACGCUACCUCUUCUGGGACGUCCCCUCCACCACGCUCGAGCAGCUCCUCCGCAACGACGCCCUCGCCCCGGGCAUCCCGCUCUCCGACAUCCAAGCCCUACCCCGCGCGCUAGCCAUCCUAAACGACAAGAUCGAAGCCGUAAACCCGCUCCAGUGGUCCGAGCUCAACCUGGCCGAGCUGCUGAAGGGACUCAAGACGGAUGAGAGGUACCUGAGGUGUUUUGCCGCUGCCGGGGAAGAUAAUAGGAAGUCGUUGAAUUACCUGCCGCUGAGGUGGGCGUUGAGUGGGAUGGAGAAGGGGUUGCCGGUGUCGCUUACGAUGGAGAUUUUGGGACGGAAGGAGACGUUGAAGCGGGUGAAACUGGCGAGGAAGGUUGCGGAGAUGGUGGCGGCUGAGGUUGGGAGCACAGGGCUGGGAAGUUCGGAGAAGGUGGGAGAGGAGGCUACUAGUGGAGGAGCCUGGUGA